CUGAAUAUAAAGAUAUAUGCGCGUGUGCCACUCUUUUUCUUUCAUGCUCUUUAUUAUUAUUAUUAUUAUUAUUAUUAUUAUAAUAAUAUACAAGGAAAAAAGAAACUUUAUCUAUUUUUGCGCCAAGAAGCAUGUGUAGUAGAUGUUUGAGAAGUCUUGGAAGUGCCCGGUGCAACGCUGUUACGGCUGUUGUUCGGCCAUGAUGGCAUACCAUUUAGCCAUAAAAGAGCCGAUUGUGAUGUAUCAAACUCAAGUUUGUUCACAUCGUUACUAUUGUAAAGAGGCAUAGAUGUUACAGCAGAAUCUCCAAAGCUAGAGGUCUGUUGAGGAGUAUUUGUAGGCAUAGGCGAAGGAAACAUGGGUGCAUUAAGAUGAAAAGGCUGAGAUAUAUUAUUGUAAGCUGGAUUCAUGGGUGGCGGAUUAGGGGAGUUUGACGAAAGAGUGUGUGGUGGCGGUGGCGGAGGUGGCGGAGGAGGAGGUGGUGAUGGUAAUGGUAGAUGUAGCUGUGGUUGAGGGUGUGGCUGUGAAUGAGAAUAUUGAUGCGGGGGACGUGAACGUCGGUGUGGUAGCUGUGAUUGUGGCUGUGAAUGAGGUUGUGGUUGUGGUUGUGGUUGUGGUUGUGGUUGUGGUUGUGGUUGUGAAUGAGGUUGGGAGUGUGAGUGUGAAUGUGGGUGUGCUUGUUGUUGGUGAUGCAAGACGCUAAUAGGAUUCUUUUG